GGAUCAGCUGCAAUCGUUCGCGAGUCGAGUUGGGAGCGCGAGGUUGAUUGACGCGGAGUAAGAGGUUAAGUAAGGAGUAGCUCCGGCGGGUCGGAAACUUACGUGCAACGAGGAGGGGAAAAGCGUGGGAAUUGGAGCCGGCCGGCUUCGAGGGAGACUUUGCCCAAUAUCCCUCCCUUAAGGGGAAAUCUAAUUAAGCGUCACCCAUGUCGUCGGAAGAAAAAGCAGAGAACCACUUGGUUCCUGAUGGCCAGGCUUUGGAGCAGCAGAACGUGAUCAGUCGGGUGGCCGGCCUUACCUUGGUGAGCUCAACCUGCGACAUGGUCUCCUCGGCCUAUACCUCCACCAAGGAGACGAGUCCCUACUUGAAGUCCGUCUGUGAUGUAGCGGAGAAAGGGGUGAAGACCCUCACAGCAGCUGCCCUAUGUGGUGCCCAACCUCUGGUCACCAGACUGGAGCCUCAGAUUGCAACAGCCAGUCUGUAUGCGUGCAAAGGAUUGGAUAAACUGGAAGAGAAGCUACCUAUCCUGCAGCAGCCAUCUGACAAGGUGGUAGCAGACACCAAAGAAUUGUUGUCCACCAAAGUCAGCGGAGCCCGUGAUGCUGUUUCCAGCACCGUCAACGAGGCGAGGGAAGCCGUGUCCAGUGGCGUGAGCGGGAUGGUGGACAUGGCCAGGGGAGCCGUCCAGGGCAGCGUGGAGAUGACCCGCUCUGUCAUGGCAGGGGGCGUGAACACUGUGAUGGCCUCCAGAGUGGGCGAGAUGAUCAGCGCCGGUAUGGAUACUAUGCUGGACAAGUCCGAAGAAUUGGUGGAUUAUUACCUCCCCAUGACAGAUCGGGAGAUGGCUGAACUGGCCACCUCCGUGGACGGCUUCGGAUUUGGCCCGGUGAGGCGGAAGAAGAGCUAUUUUCUGCGCCUGGGGUCCUUGUCCUGCAAACUUCACCGCCGUGUCUUCCCGCAUUUCCUGGCUAAGUUGAAAGAUGCAAGGGAGGGCACCCAGGAUGCAAUGGGCCAGCUCCACCAAACUUUAGUCCUGAUUGAACACGUCAAACACGGGGUGGGCCAGAGCCUACAGAAUGGCCAAGAGAAGCUCCAUCAGAUGUGGCUGGUCUGGAGCCAGAGGCAUCCUGGGAACUGCGAGCCACUGGAUUCAUCAGCACAGCCAGAGGUCGAGUCCCGGACACUGGUCAUGUUUCGUGGGCUGAUUCAACAGGUGCAGCUUUCCUAUUUGACCCUCAUGUCCCAGCUCCGGGGUCUGCCCACCAGCAUCCAAGACAAAGCCAAGUGGAUCUUGUGCACGUUGGAGUACCUCAGCAUAUCCUUCAGGGCCGCCGGUUCCUUCCAAGAGGUGCCCUCCGCCACGUUGGCUGAGAGCUGCCAACGGAUUGUCAAAGCCCGGGGUUCGGUGGACGAGAUCGUGGACUAUGUGGUGCAGAAUGUUCCCCUGCCUUGGGUGGUGGGGCCUUUCGCCCCCAGCUUGGUGGAACUGCCUUACGCCUCCGGCAUGGAGGGCAACGGGGAAGGAGAAGACCCCAGAUCCAAAUUCGCUGCGGGGCCCAACAUGAGAGCAGAGGGAGACGAAAAUUUGGAGAGUUGCAGGAGAUGUCUUUUGAAAAUGGCUCCUUCCAACACUUAGAACAGCUGAAAAACUAAAAAAAAUAUAUAGAAUUUUAUCAGGGAUGUGGAUUUCAGAAAGCUUGCCUUAUUUACUUUCAAGUUGUGCCUUCAGAAGAAAUUUUCUCCCCCUCGGGCCCUUUCAGAUACAGGCAGUCCUCGACAUACGACCGCAGUGGAUCCCAGAAUUUUAUGUGGCUAAGUGAGAAAUUCGUUCGAGUUUAUUGCUUUUCUCGCCACAUUUUGUCAAGGAGAAAGCAGGGCAGUUGUUAAAUUAGUAAAACGGUCGUUAAGUGAAUCUAACUUCCCCCGUUGAUUUUCUUGUUGGAAGGUUGCCAAAAGGGGAUCAUGUGACACACACCCCCAGAGAACACUGCAACGGUCAUAAAUAUGAACCGGUUGCCAGGCAUCUGAAUUAUGGCCACGUGACCACGGGGAUGUUGCUGCGGUCGUAAGUGUGAAAAUGGUUAUAACUCACUGUUGUGCUGUUGUCGAACAGUCACUCCAUGAAACGUUGUAAGUCGAAGACUACCUGUAGAUGGACUUCAACUCCCACAAGCCCCCCAGACCGCAGGCAAUUCUGGGAGUUGAAGUCCACCCAUUUGAAAGAGGCCGAGGUUAACAAACGCCACAAGCUUAGAUUACCGUAUCAGUGGGAGAAUCGGAAUAGCCAAGAUGGUGCUAUUCCGACUUCCUUAACAAGGAAGAAGCAGAGUCUUGGUCCCGGCAAAACCCCUUUUGUUUACACAACUGGAUUCCUUUCAUUCACAGUCAGCAAG